GGUAGUUCUGUUGUUCCCACGGCAGGACAGGGCACACUACAACCUGGACAAAGUGAGGGAAGCGAACAAAACCCUCUCAGUGGAUCACAAACAGGUACAUCUGGUAGACCACAAGUCCCCAGUAACAGGGAUCAAGAAACACCAGCUGCAAAUGCACAGAGCAAUAACACACAGUCUGAACAAGCUCAAAACACAGAACCUUCUUCUCCUUCUGUAACCCCACCCAGCAGUUCAGAAAGUGAGAACGCCAGUGAAACCGGUGUAGGUGCGAAUGGAAAUACUGACGCAAAUGAGCAGAGUGAGUCACCAAACAGCCAAGAAGGAAGUGCCGGAAAUGCAGAA